GGGUGCUUAAUAUUGCCCAGAGCAAGCACGGGGCUCCACACUUCCCAACUACAGUGGUCCAGUGCCUGACCACCCGCUACCAGUCCUCAGGAUAGUUUAACUGAAGACCAUCACCAUGCCGAAAGUUUUGGUUCCAGGUCAACAGAAGACCGAUGACAAGAUGAGGGCCUUCGCAGAGCAGGUCUUUGCUUCUGAGACCAAAGACGAAACGAUCCGCGAUGAAAUCUCCAUGUUUGAUGUGGCUGAGGACUGUCCCAUCAUCCAUCAUGAGAUGGCCCACCAUCUGCACACUGAUGAUGAUGAGCAGAAACGCAAGAAGCGCUCCCGUACCAUGGCCGUGCCCACGGGUGCUUCCCAGGCAGCUGCUACUGUAGUGUCAGUGGAAGUGGACACGCCCACCUAUCUGGAAGUGCCUGACUUCCAGAGAGUGGCUGUCAUUGGAGACUAUGCUGCUGGGGUGACCAUGGAUGACUUUGAGCUGGCAUGCAGGGGUCUGUACCGUGCUUUAACCAUCAGGGAGAAGUACAUGCGACUGGCCUUCCAGCGCUUCCCAAGAACAGCCUCCCAGUACCUGCGUCAGACUGAAGGAGAAUCUUUCAGACCGGAAGAACAAUUGGAGCCAGUCUUCACAAGUCCUCCAAAGGAAGGGGAAGACCCCUUUGAUGUCAAGAACCUGCCAAAGAAUCUGGGCUAUGUUGCUCGUAUGAAGGAUGGUGUGAUUUAUGUGUACAAUGACGCUGCAGCUGCUGACAAACAUCAGCCAAAGGACAUGCCCUACCCAGACCUCAAUACCUUUAUCGAUGACAUGAACUUCCUCAUUGCUCUUAUUGCACAGGGCCCAACAAAGACUUACACUCAUCGCCGUCUUAAGUUUCUCAUGUCCAAGUUUAAUGUGCAUGAGAUGCUGAAUGAGAUGGAGGAGAUGAAAGAGGUGAAGAAGAACCCUCACAGGGACUUCUACAAUUGCAGAAAGGUGGACACUCACAUCCAUGCUGCUGCCUGCAUGAACCAGAAGCACCUGCUGCGCUUUAUCAAAAAGUCUUACCGUGUGGAUGCUGAACGUGUAGUGCACAACCUCAAAGGGAAGGAGGUCACCAUGAAGGAGCUCUUUCAGUCCCUUAACCUGCAUCCAUACGACCUCACUGUGGACUCACUGGAUGUGCACGCUGGUAGACAAACCUUCCAGCGUUUCGAUAAGUUCAACGCCAAGUACAACCCAGUAGGAGCCAGUGAGCUGCGUGACCUGUACCUGAAGACAGAGAAUCACAUCAAUGGAGAGUACUUUGCCACUAUCAUCAAGGAAGUAGCCAGUGAUCUCGAGGAAGCCAAGUACCAGUAUGCUGAGCCCCGUCUGUCCAUUUAUGGCUGCAACGCCAACGAGUGGAACAAGCUCUCGAACUGGUUCGUCAGGCACAGGGUUUACUCCCCAAACCUCAAAUGGAUGAUUCAAAUACCUAGGAUCUACGACAUCUUCAGAGGCAGAAACUUUGUGCCACACUUUGGCAAAAUGUUGGAGAACAUUUUCCUGCCUGUGUUCAAGGCCACCAUUGAUCCACAGUCCAGUCCUGAGCUAAGCAUCUUCCUCAAGCAUGUGACAGGCUUUGACAGUGUGGAUGAUGAGUCCAAACACAGUGGCCACAUGUUCUCCACUAAAAGCCCCAAACCAGAGGAGUGGGACAUCGCCAAAAACCCCUCCUACACCUACUACAUCUACUACAUGUAUGCCAAUAUCGCUGCCCUCAACCAGCUGCGCAAACAGAGGGGCAUGAACACAUUCAUGUUCAGGCCUCACUGCGGUGAGGCUGGUGCCAUAACCCACUUGCUGGCUGCAUUCAUGACUGCUGACAAUAUCUCUCAUGGCCUUAACCUCAAGAAGAGCCCCGUGCUGCAGUACCUGUAUGUCUUGACCCAGAUCCCGAUCGCCAUGUCCCCACUGAGCAACAAUAGCUUGUUCCUUGAGUAUGCCAAGAACCCGCUGCUUGAGUUCCAUAAGAAAGGCUUGGUGGUGUCUCUGUCCACCGAUGACCCCAUGCAGUUCCACUACACCAAGGAACCUCUAAUGGAAGAAUAUGCCAUUGCAGCUCAGGUGUUCAAGCUCAGCACCUGUGACAUGUGUGAGAUUGCCAGGAACAGCGUGCUUCAGAGCGCCCUCUCUGAUGAGGAGAAGCGCCACUUCCUGGGUAAGGAUUACCUCAAAGAGGGUCCAGAGGGCAACGACAUCCGCAAAACCAACGUGCCUCAGAUCCGUAUGGCGUACCGCUAUGAGACCUUGUGCUACGAGCUCAACCUCAUCAAGGAGGGCUUGAAGUCUGAGUAAACCGACCGGACCCACCCUUACUUAGACACUACUCUCUUUUGUGAUAUGGAAAAGUUUCUACGUUUGUUAAUCGCAGUGGAAUCUCAAAGAAGCUGACCAUUUAAAAUACAGAUGUUCUCUCUAUUAAAGGAAGAAAUGCUUUUACAAUCUGCACAUCUGUGACUUGCACAUUACAGUAUGUUUUUUUCAGUUGGAGAAACGUGUAUAAGAAUGGAAGGAAAUAAACGGUGCAAUUGCA